AUGCGUCAAAAUGAUUCUGCUGAAGCAGGCCUUUUAACCUACCUCUCUCUGAGUUGUUUUGACCACCAUGAUGUGGCCUUGGAAGGCGCGGGACUCUUCUUCCAGGAGUUGGCGAAGGAGAAGCGCGAAGGUGCUGAGCAUCUCUUGAAGCUGCAAAACCAGCGCGGCCGCUGCGUCCUCAUCCAAGAUACACAGAAGCCAUCCCAGGAUGAGUGGAGUAAAACCCGGGACACCAUGCAAGUUGCGCUGGCCUUGGAGAAGAACCUAAGCCAGGCCCUUCUGGAUCUGCACGCUGUGGGUUCUGCCCACACUGACCCCCAUUUCUGUGACUUUCUGGAGAACCACUUCCCGGAUGAGGAAGCAAAACUGCUGAAGAAGAUGGGAGACCAUCUGACCAGCAUCAGAAGACUGGGAGGCCCCCCCACCCCCCGGCUGGGUUCUACGAGUAGCUCUUUGAGUGUCUCACCCUCAAGCAUUACAAGGCCUGCGGGGACCUGCAAAGGUGGAGGGACUUCUGCUUCCCCCCUGCCAUCAGCAGCAAGCGUCUGCUUCCCACCCUAG